AUGCUACCAUAUCAUCUGGCAAGUGCUAGGUGUUACGUUUUAACUGAUCGGAUUUGCUUCUUUUUUUCCCCCUCCCUUCUUCUAAAAGUUCAUGGCGGUUGCGGGGCUGCUGGUUAGUUGUUUUGGUUGGUUACCGUAGUUGGGAGUCGAAGAUAGGGUCCGAUGGGACGGGGGUUGGGUACGAGUAGUCUAUUAACGCCGAUAGAUGAUAUGUUGGCGCUAUGAUAAAGCACAUUUUAUCUUGUUUUAUCUUUGGCCACACUCGGGUACAGUAUGAUGCUAGCAGCCUAGAUUGUUAUUAGGCACAAUGAUGAUAUAUGAUA